GCAGGGAUAUGUGGGGAUUGUUUACGGUGGUGCAGCGGUGGCGCAGGAGUGGCAUUUGUGCUACAUCUCCUUUUAUAUUUUGUGUGUUUAUUAUUUAUUUGAAAUAGCUUGCGCAGUUAUUUUGUUUACUUAUGGGGAGAAGUCGGAGUCGAUCUCCUGCAAGACGAGAACGACGUCGUUCCCGUUCCACAUCUCGAGACAGGGAGCGCCGCAGGCGUGAGAGGGAACGUUCAAGGUCACGAGAUAGAGAAAGGAGGAGAAGUCGGUCACGGUCACCACACAGAAGAAGAUCCAGGUCCCCGAGAAGACACCGCUCCAGCUCCCUUUCUCCAACAAGGCAAAAAGACAGACGGGAGGAUGAAAAGGAUGCCAAAGAGUCCAAAUCUGUGAAAGAACAUCAGAUUUCAGAGGAAGACCUGCAGGGAAAAACUGAAGAGGAGAUUGAAAUGAUGAAACUGAUGGGAUUCGGCAAUUUUGAUACAACUAAGGGUAAGAAAGUGGAUGGUUCUGUCAAUGCUUACGCUGUGAGUGUGUCCCAGAAAAGGAAGUACAGGCAAUACAUGAAUCGUAAGGGAGGCUUUAACAGACCUUUGGAUUUUAUCGCUUGAAUAUUUACCUCUGAAGAUUGGAAAUAAUUUGACUGUUUAAAGUUUACUUUGUGUUUAUUCUUUUCAUUAAAUUUGUAAAUACUUUUUUAUUUUGUGUGAUUAUUUUUGUAUACAAAUCACAGCAGUGUUUCACUACAAUCCAACAUAGGUAAAAGUGCAUGACCAUUUCUUCUCACUGAAAGUUUUGCUGUUUUCCUGAAUGUUAUUUAUACAAAAAUUUUUAGUGUUUUCAUUAAACAUUAAGGUGGGUGCUUGUUUGUUUUUUAUUUAUUUUUGCAAACAUUGUAAAGUGAUAUUUACUGAAUUAUGAACUUGGUCAAACCCCUGAUUGAUUUUUGCAAUUUCACACAUUUUCAAUUUUUGAGAUGUGCUCUUCGAAUACCUGGGGCUGUGUUGGCAGUUUUAUAUUGUUUCUUCUCAUUAAAUUCUCAGGAUGUUUAGCUGUAUUCUACAUGACAAUAGCUUUUACAUUAAAUGGCUGCAUACUGCAAGCCAUAUAAAUGCAGUAUACAGAGCACAAUUUAAAAAUAUGUUAAUUACUAGAUCAGAUUGGAGAUACAAGAACUAUUAUAAACUGUAAGAUCAGUUUUACAUAGCUGGAAAAUAAAAUAACAUGAAAGUCGGAGAACACAGCAAUGUUGGCUUUUUUUUUUUUUUUUAAGUAUAUCUCUUUAUCUUUCAUUGCUUUUUAAAUGUAGUGCAAAUUGAAUGUCUUAGUCUUUACACUGUCCAAUGAUUUUACUAGAUGAUAUUAAAUGAGUAGCAAGGAUAUUAGAAUCUCUUCAUAAUUUGCAUAGACAGACAAGAUCUAUAUGUAGGACUGAAUAGAAAUAUUACAGACUGAAUUAUUAUCCUGUUGUCUGUGAUGAACACCUAUUAACUUUUUUUCUACUUAAGUAUUUAGGUAACCACUAAAGUAAAUAGUUUUGAUCUCUGUAAGCAUUUUAAUUAUUGUUGAGCAUAUUAUGAUUACCUUUUUACAUACUAAAAUAAAAAUGACCAGAAUCUU